UCCUCAGUGCGUGGACGACGAACAUGAUAGGUAUGUUAGUUUGAUUCUUGGCCUCUGAUUUCUUCUCCUUUCCUCUUAGAAAUGUGUUCUUCCCAGUCAAGCGCUAUGAAGCAGAUGUUAGUGGCUGGCGACACGCCAUUUCUUCCCGAAGAAAUCAUCACAAACAUUCUCAAACGACUCCCUGUGAAAUCCCUGAUCCGAUUUCAGAUUGUGUGCAAACAUUGGAAUAAUCUCAUCAAAACCCAAUCUUUCAUCGCUGACCACCUCCACCACUCCACUCAUCAAAACCCUUCUCUUCUUAUCCAGCAGAUUCGGACGAAUCCUUUGUGCUUGUAUUUGCUCGAUUGCCACAUGCAAUUCCGUGAAGUUGAGAAGGCCCCUUUGAUCAGUUCCUUGGUGUGCGCUCGGAUCAUCGGUUCCAGUAAUGGCUUGCUCUGUCUCGCCGAUUAUAGGAGAUGCCCACCUUCCCCUUUGUUAUGGAAUCCAGCUAUUAGAGAGGUGAGACAGCUGCCCAUAACUACUGAUCAUUUUGAAGGUGAGUGCCUAUUAGGAUUUGGUUUCAGUCCUAUCAUUAAUGAUUACAAGAUAGUGAGAGUUUACGAGCUUAUUGUAAUUUGUCAAGUGGAAGUGUAUUCAUUGAGCACAGGAUCAUGGAAAGACAUAGAAUUUGAGAACCUAGGGGGUGUAAGUCUUGUCAGUCACGCUGUCACUGUUAAUGGAGUUAUGUUCUGGUAUGGGUUAAGCUUAGAAAUGAGUAUAGGAAAUACUUAUGUGAUAGUUUCAUUUGACAUAGCAUCAGAAGUGUUUAGAGUGAUUCCAUGGCCUGCUUCAGCAAGUUAUUCAGGUAAGCUUGCUACGUAUGAGAACAAACUUGCUACACUUUCUCAUUCUAGGAUUGGAAAUUCUCAAUAUUCUUGUCUUUAUUUGGGUGUGAUGGAGGAGGGGGGUACAGGUUCAUCUGGGGAGAGAUGGAAUUCAAGUAAGAAAUAUAUUCGCAGUUCCUGUCCUUUCAAGUUACAUCUUGGGGCCAUUUGGAGAGAUCAAAUUGUGUGUGUAGUUUUUGGACUUCCUGGAGUUAGCAGUGAAAGUGAAAUGGCAAAUGAUGAAUCCAAAGUUGGCUUAUACCUUUUCAAUGUCACUACUAAUGAAUGUAAGAGGUUUGCUAUCCCCGGACCUAGCUUUCAUGUAGAUGUUUUCAAUUAUGUGGAAAGCCUUGUACCGCUUGGCAACAUCCACAUCGAAGAGCAUUAAUUAUUGUAUUUAAGAUAUACCUUCCAGAUCUGUUGUAGAUUAUUCUGUACUUAUAAGGCUUAAUGCCGUUGAGGGAUGUUAUUCUGAAUGAUGAAUGCUGAAAUCUAACUCCUGAUAUUUCUUGCUUUAUUUGACCCGUCUAUAUUUUCAAGU